AUGAAAGAAUCGAUUGUUAUUUCUUGGUCUGAUCUAAGUAAUCGUAUUCUAAUAGAAGAUAUGAAAAAGAACUAUUAUUUUAUUGAUUCUCAAGAUUUUCCAUGUGAUAACGCAAACUUAACUAAACAAGCAAAAUUAUCAGAUCGUUGUCCACAUAUUAAUGAAUUAUUUAAUAAAACAAUUGUUGACUAUCAUCCUCUUCGACGUAUAAAAUAUUAUCAUUUACCAUGUCAAACUUUUUCAAUCAAUUUUCCAUGUUUUUACGAUGAUGCUCAUUUAUGUUUUUGUUAUAAUCAUGCAGGACAACGUUUAACUAAUUGUUUCCAAUUUAAUCAUACAAUGAAAUAUGAUUGUUUAGGAGAAAAUGAAUAUAUAAAUGAUGAUCCAUAUUUUCUAAUUGGAUUAAAAUGUUCGAAAAAAGCAACCUGUCUUUGUCCUUCAUGUUCUUAUGGAAAACGAUGUCAAUUUAUUGCAAGUUUAAUUAAUGGACUAUUUACUCUGAUAAUAUUUAAGAGUAAAAUAUUACGUGAAGUUGGUUGUGAUCAAUGGUUAAAUGCAUGUGUAGUUUGUGAAAAAGCAAUAACAGUUGGUAAAGGUGCUUAUUUUAAUAAAAAGAAAAGCAAAAAAGUAACUAAAUUUAUUAUUAUUUUACUUUUAAUUUUUAAUAUUUUAAUAUUUAUUCAUGAACCACUUUAUCGACAUUUAAUUGAUGAAAUUGAUGAAGAUGAAAAUGAAAAACGAAUUUGGUGUGGUGUUAAUUAUUCAUCUAAAUUACAAAUCUAUAAUUCAGUUAUAACUACAUUUCAAUUUUUUGCUCCAUUUAUAAUUAAUUUUAUUUCAGCAUUUAUUCUUAUAGCACAUAAACCUCGUCGACAAUCAAUUAUUCAAAGACAACGAAAUUUUAAAGAUAUUUUAAAAGAAAAUUAUCGAGCACAUAAAAAUCUAUUUAUUGCAUCUAUUAUAUUAGUGAUUCUUGCGUUAUCACGUUUAAUUAUUUCUUUUACAUCAAAAUGUAUGCAAUCAAGCAAAGACUCGUGGUUAUUUCUUACAGCAUAUUUUAUUUCAUUAAUUCCAGCAAUGCUUACUUUUAUUUUGUUUGUACUACUAUCGAAAUUUUAUAAAAAAGAAUUUUUUUAA